CUUCGCGAGUCAGGUUCUAAUUUUUAUCUCAUUCUCCGAAUCCAUCGAUUGUUGGGUUCCUGAAUAUUUCGCAGAUCGAUCCUGGAUUUGCGUAAAUGUAGUGUCUGGAAUAUGCUCUAUCGGCAACGUCGCUACCGUUUGAGGUAAUCCAAACCAUUCUCUUCUAAACACUUGCAACGGUGGACUUGAAUUAUGGCUGACAUGACAUGGAACGCUUGGAUUGACUCGCUCAUCAGCAAUUCGAGGAACCUAAAGGGCGAGCCACAAAUUGACAAGGCCUGCAUCAUUGGCUUGAGGGACGGCGGACUCUGGCAUCGUGCGGAUCAUCCAAAUGCCCUGAUUCUCAAAGAAGAAGAAGCAAAUAAAAUUGCAAGGGUUUUCAGAGGAAAGGAAAUUGCACCUUUUGUGAACGAUGGUAUUCCCAUUGCGGGCCAUGAUUAUGUUUAUUUUGAUGGCGAUGACGUAGUUGACGUCGUGGCAAAAGGUCGAAACGCAUCCGAGGACGGCAUCUACUUAUACACGUCAAAGACAGCCAUCGUCAUUGGCCACUGUCCCAGUAUGAACGACCAGACCCUAGCUGAUAAGACUAUAAGUGAUAUCGCUCAGAAACUGAAGGACUUGGAGCUAUAGAAAAACAACGUUUCUAAAUUGAUUCACCCUGGAUUGUAUUUCAUAAUUGGGUCUCAGGUAUUAUUCUUACCUGAAUGCAAAACGAUGAAGUAAUGUGGGGUGUAUAUAGAUCUAAAGGACAGAGACAAAACGUCAUUAAUAAUUAGGUGCACCCUUUCUAGUAAAGCACAAGUAAUAAUCCAUGAUGAGAGAUUGGAAUUCGAAACUUUCACAAUAGAAAAGAAAAAUGCUUUGUUAAUUGAACAAUGUAGAAUACAUGAUUUCAGAUAGAUUUGCAAUAUCCUGAUAUAUGUUGGGCUAUACAUGGUAUUCAUAAAUCGCA